CAGUUCAUUUUGCUACAUGACCGCUGGUGCGUUCUUUAAGGCCAUCAAAUGAAUUCACAAAAUCUGAAACGAAAAAAGCAACUGGAGUUCAUGAAAAGUUUAGAAAACACCCUGAAAGGAAAUGGGUCCGGACAAGGACCCACCAGGGUCGCGGACUUAAAGCAGAGGUCCAAAAGGGCGGUGAACACGGAGCAGGCACCGAGUAUGCCAGAACAAGUACCAGUCAGGACGAAAUUUAAAAACCAGGGACCCACAAGAAUGAAGGAGCCGGAACAAGACACGAUCAGGGUGAAGGUGUCCGGGUCCGGAGAUCCAGGACCAGGUCAGGGCCUUGGGGCCGAUUUUAUCACGCAGGAGCCGUUGAGUUGUGCCCACGUGCCGUCAAGCAGAGCUCGCGGUUCCGCCUCUGUCAGUAGCUCGUCCAGUGCUUCUCCGGUUGCCAUUCAUGGGAAAGAGGAAAACCUUGAUACUCUGAGUCUCUCUGAGAAGUCUCUCAGCCCAUCUAGGCAUGCCGCUCAAAGAGGUGGCUCUUCGGUUAAAAAAGCAGAGGCCCACUCAGAUCAGAAAAAGAACACCGACAUUUAUAGCCCAUGCCCGAAACUUAACACCGGCACUGAAAACUGCACCUUGGCCAAAACGUUCAAAAGACGCAUCCAGAACCAAAAGAAAUAUAACUACAACAGCAAACUCUGCGACGUGUCCAUAUUCGGGACCAAAGCCCAACCCAAAACUCGUGCAGAUAUCUCAACAGGUUCACCAGAUUAUAUCAAAUCAUUCUCCAUUUCACGAUCUCCUUCAGCGUCUCAGGCAAGCUAUGUUCCCGUGAAAGAUAAGCCAUCGCCCUCAGCUUCUCAGGCAAGCUAUGUUCCCGUGAAAGAUAAGCCAUCGCCCUCAGCUUCUCAGGGAAGCUAUGCUCACGUGAAAGAUAAGCCAUCGCCGUCCUCCCAAGACAACACCAAAAAGUCCUCUAAAAUUGAUGUAAAAAUCACCGAGCCUGCUGAGAAGAAUUGCUUAGAUAAUCCUCGCUCCACGCGUGUAGUUAGCGCUAAGAAAAUAUUCGAACCUUCGCCAGCCACGACCUCGGUUGAUAACGACAACCAGUUACGCCUGAAGCCGAAGAUGUCCACAGCGAUACAGAGCAUCCAGGAGCGGUUACUGAAAGAGAUGGAGGAAGACGCGAGCAGAGUUAAAAAGUCGUACGAUUCCACAAAAGUCUACAAAGUCCAGGCGCCGAGGCCGAAAUGCACAUGGACACCCGGGAUGUUGGCUGGCGUGGCUAGAAAGCGAAGCCGUUCCCGGUACUCUGGGGCGGCGAGACGGGCGUCGCGUUACAUUUCGCCCAACAAACGUGAACGGCCUUACAGGCAGUGGCUGGGGAUGUCCACCUGCGUGACGAGGGACACAAAGUUCAUCAUUGCCUCGGUCCAGCCGACACCCGAAGGUGUUGCGAAGGAAGCUCCCGGCGCUACAAACACGUGCAGCGUCGGCACGCAACACGAGAGUGGGAGGAGCGUAAAAUCACGGGACGGCAGUAGCCGUGAAAGAAUGGUAGGCCGGGACUGUGGACUCACGCGACGGAGUUCGGCUCGACAGAGUCCAGACAGUCACAAAAGUUUGCCUAACAACAAGGAGGUUCCUAUACUCAGUGUGCAUACGGGCAGAAGUAAUAUUGUAAAACCCGAUAGCAACCUGGUGAACAAAUUAAAUACGAUUCAAAGCCCGGAAGGUGGAGUCACGGAAAUUCCCGAAGAAUUGCAAGAAUCCAUUUCGUGUGAUUCGGGUCCUUCUUUACACGAAUUGAAUGAUUUUAAAUUGAAAGAAAUGGAAAUUUAUGAUCUCGGACUUGUUGAAACAACACGUUUGAAAAACCAUUAUCCAAAUGAAGCUUUGGAUCCCGGUCAAGUUGAUGAAUUGGUCGACGAGGCCGAAAAUGUUAAAAUGAAUUCAACGAAUAUGACCAGGAGGGAACCAACGAACUACCCCGUUGUUGAAUCUUAUUCACGUGAGGGGGGUGACAAUAUAAAAACAUCCCCUGGUUUGAGUAGGGAGGCUGAUGGAGACAUCAAGUCUGAACAUGAUUUUAGGGUAUAUGACGAAAACCUGACGGGAGACGCGAUGUGCGAUGCGAUAGAAAUUACCACAAGGUCAAGAAUGGUUGAAACUGGAGAUAAUUUUAAUGCUACGAGAAUGGAGUCUUCACCUGAAAAUAAUCAGGUGACCGUGAAGGAACAAGAGACCGAUAAUUUAGAGCAGGAAAACAUUACAACCCCAGCAGAAGAUCUUGCGGAUAACGAGGUAACAGAACCUCUGAGAGAAGAUUUAAAUACGCACCGAGUGGAUGCUGAUCGAAAUCUGUCGACAGAGAAUAACGAGCUAACGUUAAAAACUUCUAGAAGCAAACACGACUUUCCGUGUGAAUCUUUUCCUAUUGAGAAUGGCAGUGGGUCUAAAACUGCGGGGGGCGCUCACAAUCUAGAAAAUAUCCCCAGUACGCACGAGUGUACAGUUCCAACUAUCUCAGUUUCCGAAUCCAGAAAUGAAGGCGAAAUAUCGAAUGAAGAAGAAAGUGUCAAUGAACCGCUAGAAGUGGAAGAGAUUUCAGACAGCAGCUGCUCUUGUCCUCUACCGAAUCAUGCACUGGAUAAUUCCACCUUGAGUGCAACCAACCAAACACAUUUCAAACUCGUUCAACAAGAUACGGACAUCCAACACAACCCAGCUACUCUGCAGUCGACAGCAAGCGCAGCCUGUGAAAUCCAGGCCGAUCCGCUAAAUUCUCACAAACGACUGUAUGGACACAGCGGCGAGAUUAAUUAUCCCGUUAAGCAGAAAGAAACUGAAUCCCUCUCGCAGCAGCCAUUCCUAAAACCAAGCCCCAAGGUCGUCACAUUCCUGUCGGACAAACCACACGAAGACAGUUUCAUUAGCGCCAAUAUAGCCCACUGCCCGGUGAGCGGAGAUAAGGUUUUUCAUACAACUGCCAGUGAGAGGUGUCCAGCUCCUCAGUCCAUCGGGGGCCGAAGUAAAAGUCAGCUCAUUGGGGACGAGAUCAACCUCAUCCCCAGUUCUACCGGCACGAUACACUCACUUCUGAGCUCACCCAGGGCAUUCUCGUCCGCUAGACCCAAACAAUUUUUUCGGAUGAAUGACAACAAAGCCACACGCUUUUGUGAUAGGGGGGAAGAAUUGCAUCGAAGUAAACAAGACGGGAAGGACAAACCACGUGCACAUGUCACUAGAGCGAACGAUCCGAAAAGUCCAAAAGUCACCGUGGAUCCUGCCAACAUCGGCUCCAGUAAACAUCACAAGAACUCCAAAUACAAAUAUGUUCAGGUAGGUUGUGUGCUUUAAGUGUCUUAGAUAAUAAGGUACACAUGUGCACAUUGCAGUGCGUUAGAGGAGAUCGUUAUAUACUUGUGUAGUUUUUUCAUAACUUUUUAAAUUAAUCAGUAAGCCAAUGUAUGUCUCAGGGUAAGGCCCAUCACGUUUUUUUUCACGCACAUGCUCGUAUAAUAAUGUAACGAUAUUUGCAUAGGUUGCUGUAAUGCAGGAUAUGUUUGCGCUGACCACGUGAUUAUUUCACAGGCCAUCGCAGAUUUUCAAGGCGUUCUCCCGGGGCAACUGAGCUUCAACAAAGGGCAGAUCAUCCGCCAGCGGUGCGUCCACGAUGUGUGCGGCAUGCGGUACGGCAGCUACCGCGUUGGAAGACUCAAGAUGAAGAGGAAAGGUUUAUAUCCCGCUUCCUGCGUCACAGACUUCCCGCCAUCAGACCAACAGUUAAUCUAGUUGAGUCUAACAAAUAAUAUACACAUUAUUAUUUUUUUUUUUACAGGAAUAAACACAGAAUUUUGUCC